UUCUCACCUGUAUGUAGCCUCCAUCCUGCCAGUCUGCAAGCCAUUUUUGAAGAGGUUGAGCUGUCUGCAGACCCACUCGCUAGGGUCUCCAGCUUUCACCUGCGGGUGCGAAGUUCGAGCGGCGCAAGUUCGGCGGAUACCCCACCCCCUUGAUGGGCGGGGCCGUGCUCAGAGCCAAUGAGAGCUUGGGGGGGUGGGGCAGGGAAGCUUCCAGAUAGGCAGAUAGGGAGAAGGUUAUAAAGGGGGUACGAGUGAGCCAGCUGGGAAGCCAUGCAGUCCAAACGCGAAUGUGAGCUGUGGUGUGAGAGGGUGAAUCCCGAAAACAAGGCGGCGUUGGAGGCGUGGGUCAGGGAGACGGGCAUCCGGCUGGUGCAGGUGAACGGGCAGAGAAAGUAUGGCGGGCCACCCCCAGGAUGGGUGGGCAGCCCGCCGCCGGUCGGGUCGGAGGUGUUUAUCGGGCGGCUGCCCCAGGACGUGUACGAGCACCAGCUGAUUCCACUGUUCCAGCGCGUGGGCCGCCUCUACGAGUUUCGUCUGAUGAUGACCUUCAGCGGCCUGAACCGCGGCUUCGCUUACGCCCGCUACAGCUCGCGGCGCGGCGCCCAGGCCGCCAUCGCCACGCUGCACAACCACCUGCUGCGGCCGUCCUGCCCGCUGCUCGUGUGCCGCAGCACCGAGAAGUGCGAGCUGAGUGUGGACGGGCUGCCGCCGGGCCUGAGCCACCGCGCGCUGCUCCGCGCGCUGCAGCCGCUGGGACCCGGCCUGCAGGAGGCGCUGCUGCUGCCCAGCCCCGGGCCGACGCCCGCACAGAUCGCACUGCUCAAGUUCAGCUCGCACCGGGCCGCAGCCAUGGCCAAAAAGGCCCUGGUGGAAGGGCAGUCCCACCUCUGUGGAGAACAGGUGGCUGUGGAGUGGCUUAAGCCAGACCUGAAGCAGCGACUCCGCCAGAAGCUCAUGGGUACCUCGCUACAGUGCCUACAGCCAGAGGGCAGCCGAUUAGCCCUGGCCAGGGACCAGGGGCUUGAGUUCCAAGGGUCUCAGGUUGCCUUGCAGCUGCUGUGCCAGCGGAUGAAGCUGGGCAGCCCAGUGUUCCUCACCAAGUGUUUGGGCACAAGCCCUGCUGGCUGGCACCGCUUCUGGUACCAGGUGGUGAUCCCUGGGCAUCCAGUGCCCUUCAGUGGCCUCAUCUGGGUUGUGCUGACCCCAGAUGGGCAGGAUGGGCAUGAGGUGGCUAAGGAUGCAGUAUCUGCACGGCUGCUGGAGGCAAUGAGUGAGUCUAGGGCCAGCCUCCUUUGGUCUGCUGGGGCUGAGGCAGGAGGUACCAUGGUUCAGCAGUGACCUUAUCCUCUCUACAGGCAGCCUUUGUCUGCACCCGGCCCAGCAGGCCUGGGCAGCCACUAUCUGAUCCCAACAAGAGGAAGAGCAUAGUCCCUGCCCUAGACCUGACAGCCUCCCAGCUGGGGCAGGGCCCCAGAACACCUGGGGGCAGCUCAGGUUUGGCCAAAGUUGUGGUAAGGGAACUUCCCUUCUCCCAUUCUGGGGUUUCGUCUGACCCCAAGGUGUUCUGUGUCACACACACAUACACACACACACCCUCUCUCCUCCCAGUUUAGUAUGAAUCUUUAUUUCCCUGUUUUGUCUUCUUUGUUGAAGUUUUUAUUUGAGGGCUGGUGGAGCCAAAGGGUCAAACAUCUGCCUUUGCCCCCACUACUUGGUGGUGUGGUUUUGUUGUAUGUGCAGUUUUGAAUUCUUCUAUGCUGGUUGUAUUUAUAUUAAACCCCUGGU